ACUCUUUAAAAAAUAAGACAGAAACUUCUGUUUGAAAUACAUAUCUGAAUAUGAACAACUCGAUGAUGUUUGAAGAACAAACAAAACAAAUUGCGGAAGUAUUAUUUACUACUCUUUACUCAAGGAAGCAAUACCCACUCCAGCCUAGAAAAAUGAUCGUAAUUGAAGAUCUAGAAUUGACAAGAUACAGGACCUGGACAAGUGUACCGGCAGACCCAGAACUGAUAAAAUGCAGGACCCAGGCCAGCAGGCCAGCAGAUUCAGAAUUGCUAAGACACAGGGCCCAGGCAAGUGGGCCGGCAGUUGAUUCUGCAAGCAGUUUUGAUCCAGUUGAUAUUGCCAUAUUAUUGCGAUCCAUAAGAGAUCAGUACAAAACAGAGAUGGAGGGCCAAGUACAGGCAGUUCUUGCAGAGGAAAGCAUAACAAAGAUAAAGAAGUUUGGAGAAGUAGCAGAAUCUCUCAGCAGGAAUUGGAGCAGUCAAACUCCUGGGCUAGAGCCUGAAAGAGCUUUUCUAGCUGUUGUUGUGAAGUUGUUUGAGAAACUUAUAAAGAAAACUCAUGGAGAUAAGGGCCAGAUAAACAUACUUAUGGAAACAAUCAAUGGAAAUCCUGAAGUGAGAGGCUAUAUUGAAAGGCAAGGUGGUUGGGGUAAUCUUGGAAGAGGUCUAAACAGCCCAUAGUUUCUUGGUUUCAAUAUAAAAGACCCAUCUGCUAUUUUGGAGGAAAUAGAGCUGGAGAGUUGCUUCAAAUCUGAAAUGAAAAUGCACAUGAAUUGAAAAAGCAAUUCUGUAAAGAAACAAAAUAAAUUUAAUUAAUUUAGAAAGAAAAUCAUAAUAUGGUUGUCAUUGCAAUUAAAUUGUCAGUGAAGGAAUUUCAUAGAUAAUUCCUACAGCCACAAUUCCACAGAAUACAUUGCACCAAUUUACAGUCUCCUGCUCCUCAUCAGUUCCUUGGUCCUAGUUAUUAAUAUAUUCCUUUUUCAUACAAAGGAAAUGUCUAUAUCUGGGAAGACUGGAGCAUUACUGGCAUCUCAUUUUCCUGGGUUGUUAGCUGGUGUCAGUUCUCUAUAUGUAAACAUUUGCAGGAUAAAAUAUCUCAGGAAAAAUAUUGUAAAGUAUGUUAGAAAGCUGUAACUAACCAUAUUAGCAUGUGAAGAAGAUAGUUACGAAUACCUAAGAAUAAAAAAGAUAGAAAAAAUAUGGAUUAUUUAAGUUCAAGAUUGUGUAAUAUAUGCCUUAUCUGGAAACAUACCUCAUUUGAACCAAAUGACAAUGGUUUUCCCUCAAUUUAUUAUUCUGAUAUGAUCUAUAUUGCUCACAUGUAUCUACAUAUAGUUAUAAGGUAUAAUUGAAUCAGAAACUUAAAUUACUUAGCAGUUACUGGUAUUAAGCAUUCUGCCUCAUUGACAGUGUUGAAAGAAAAAAGAAGCCUUUCCCUUUAAGGAUUGUUGAAAGGCAGAAUUUUCUCUUUUUGAAUUCAAAACUCCCGGCUGGGAGAUUACUUCGAAAUGAUUGAGGUCAGCUGCGUGAGAGCCGGAUAUAGUUUAUUGUUUAUAGGGAAGCAGGCAAGAAACAAAAACAUGCACAGUGUUCCGAGGCUAGCCUGUUUGAACUGUAAGAAAAACCCUUUUUUAUAUCCUAAAAAGUCUUUUGAUUUUGUAUGUGACCCUUUAAAGUCUUUUGAAAUUCUUUUGAUUUCGCAUGCGAAUCCUUUGUUUUAUGUGUGUGAUUUUUUUAUGGUGUUUAAAUCCUUCUUUUGGGGAUUGGGUUCUUCCAUCCUGGAUCUGGCAAAUAAGUAAUUUAUAGUCCAAUCUCUGUUUUUCCUAGCCCUUUGUAGUAGUUCCUUAUAAUUAAUCAGUUUGCUCUUACUGUGUUUUUGUGAAUAUCUCCUUUUCUCAUGUGUUUAAAAUUCUAACUAAUGGCCCAUUGACAAAGGUGGGGACUGAAUCUCUGCCUGAGUUUCUGCUUCUAUUUUCUUUUAGGGGAAUUUUCCUGCCCUUUUAAUAUUUUUAAAUUUCUUUUUCUUUUCCUAGGAGAAGAGUGAAUCAUAACUUCCAACAACAGUUACACAAUGUUCUCUAAAUCUCAUGUGCAUGUUUUAAUUCAAAACAAAGCCUUAGAAAGAAGAAAAGAAGCCCUGUUAUCUUUGGGCUGAGAAUCACAUCCCAUUGAAAGGAUUAAUUAGGUUCUUUAAAGCCUUUGAUAGAAAACAUUAUUUUGGGAAAUAGGUUCCAAAGUCCAAGAAAGGGAGAAGAGCUCUAUUGUCAUUAGGUUUUUUUUCUGGAGCAUGAGGAACACAGCUGCUGCUUCUUUGCAGGCAGGAAAAGGCCUUUUCUCACUGGUAUAGUAGAGCUGCCCUCCUUGAAAAUAAACAGGCGUAGAAGCCUACCCCAUUUGCAGUUUAAUAGUACUAAAAAUUUUGGCACUCUACUGUCAAGCUGCUGGUGUAACAGAGGACUUUGAGUAAAUAUCUCAGAACUAGUUCAAACAAAGAUACAAAUGAGGAAGUAAAUAGAGUCCUGGCUGAUAUGGCAUUGGUUGCUUAAUCUGGUCUGCUUUAUAAGGCUGACAAAGAGUGAAAUCUUGCAAAAAGUGACUGCCUAGGGAGGAGAGGAGAGAGAAAAGAGAAAGCAGCCAGUUGCCUGAAGAAGGAUGCACAUAAUGGCUUGGGUAAAGAAAAUAUCGGGUCUUUGCUUUCAUGGGAAGCUGCAACUGUGCCCUUAAAGUUUUUUGAUGCACAGAUCAGAAUAUUGACCUUGUGGAAGGGCUUUCACAAGAUCCAUAUUCCUCCCCUUGACAAAAAAAAAAGAGGAGGGCGGGCUCCCAAGUGAGGCUGUUCAGGUGCCCAAUUAGCAACUGGUUCUUUUGGAUCCAGAGACAACAAAAACUCCAGUAGUAAUGAGGUUUUAAGCCUUAUUAGCUGAAGCAAAUAAUGCCAAGUCAUGUCAGCCAAAGAAUAUCGGCUGCCAGAGACCAGGAGAUACGCCUCCUCUGCUAUAGCACCUGCCCUCUGGAAUAUCUUCCUUCUGAGAUUAGGAUGGUGUUGACCCUUUUGGCCUUUUGGGAGGAUUUUAAAAAAAAUAAUUUUAAUGAAAGCUUAACUAUUCAAAAAUAAAUCAGUACAAACUAGGGAAGUGUAUAAAGAAACGUGAAAAGUGAAGAGAGAAAAAGAAAAAACAGAGGGAGAGAAAAAGGGAAAAAGUAUAAAAAUUUUUAAAAAUGACUCUUCAUCACAAGUACAAAUGUUUUCAGCAAUUUAAUACCUUCUUUAAUAUUUCAGUCAAAAAUCGUUUCAUCCUAAAUCUCAUUCUCUAAAUAAUAAAGCCUCUGGAUGAUGAAUAUUAUUUGUUAAUAGAUAAAAGAUGAGAUCUUAUGCAGCAGCAGUUGAUUAAGAGAUCAGAAAUAACAUGUAUUUUAAUUUAAAACAAAUAAAACAAUUUUAUACUUUUUUCAUUUACUUUGCGCAAUAUCUUGUCAUUUUCUCUAAAGAAAGAAAGAAAGAAAAAAAUAUUCUCAUAUUUUAUUUCAUAUCU